AAAAGAAUAUGAUGUCCCGAUUGAAAUUUUUAUAUCCUCGACUCAGUAAGUUUAAAAGUUUAAACAAAUUCUGUAGUCAAAAAUCAGCUAUAAUCUUAGGAAUUGAAACUAGCUGUGAUGAUACUGGUUGUGGAAUUGUCGAUAGCAAUGGAAAUAUUUUGGGUGAAGCAAUUAACUCACAAUAUUUAUUACAUUUAAAAUAUGGAGGUAUAAUACCAACAGUUGCUGGGGAAAUGCAUAGGCAACAUAUCACAGAUGUAUGCGAGAAUGCAUUGAGAUCUGCAAAUUUAAAAUUAAGAGACAUAGAUGCUAUUGCAACUACUGUAAAACCAGGUCUUCCAAUGUCACUUCGAAUUGGCGAAAGGUUUGGAAAAUAUCUAGCACUUGUUGGUAAUAAACCGUUUAUACCCAUACAUCAUAUGCAAGCCCAUGCAUUAACAGUUCGAUUAACAGAGAAGGUAGAUUUUCCUUACCUUGUUCUUUUAAUAUCAGGUGGACAUUGUAUGCUAGUAGUUGUACAAAAUGUAGAGGAAUUUAUUAUACUUGGAUCAUCUAUAAGUAAUGCACCAGGAGAAAUUUUAGAUAAGGUUGCUCGUAGACUUAAACUAAAUUCUAUAAAAGAAUUUAGUAAUAUGAAUGGAGGUCAGGCAGUUGAAGCAGCAGCAAGUAAAGCAUCUGACAUAGAUCAGUUUAUUUUUAAAGAAUCUAUGCAGUUUUACAGGGAUUGUCAAUUUAGUUUCUCUGGAAUAUUAACAACAUGUGUGAAACAUAUUACUGAUCAAGAAAAGAAAUAUAAUAUCACUGCUGAUAUGCUUAUUCCUGAUAUUUAUAAUUUAUCCGCUAGCUUUCAAUUUGCAAUCACGAAACAUCUCUGUAAGAAAACGCAAAUAGCAAUGGAAUUUAUUGAUAAAAUAAACUUAAUUCCUGAAGAUAAACGAACAUUAGUUGUAUCAGGAGGCGUUGCGUGUAAUCAUUUUAUAGCAAAAGCUUUGAAUAUUGUAUGUUCUGAACUAAACUACAAGCUUGUCAGGACACCGCCAAGAUUGUGUACCGAUAAUGGUGUUAUGAUAGCUUGGAAUGGAGUAGAAAAAUGGAAUUCGGGUAUUGAUAUACUCAGAAGUGAAAGCGAAAUUAAAAAUGUAAAUAUAGAAAAAAAAGCAGCCAUAGGAAAAGAUUGGACAAAAAGGGUACAACUUGAACAAAUAAAAGUUAAACGUAUAGAUAUAAAAAAAAAAUUGUUUAUGGAAUCAAAUACAGCUAACGAUGCAGUCACAAUAUCAUCAAAUUCUAUAACGUGAUCGGGUCUUAUUUCUUCUGGAUAUUCUGCCACAGUGUUUGGUUCUAUGAGAAUCAUGAACGGAUAAUUGGAAACCUUGAAUAUCUACAAUAAACAGAAGUAAUUUUGUUC